AUGCCUGCAAAAGAAGGUGAUUCUCCUGGUGAGGAAAAUGAUAAAAAACAAAAUAAAUCAGUUAAAAUUACUGAAAAAGUAAAAAAUAAUGAAAAAAAAGACCAUAAAUCAUCUGGAAAUAUUGGAAAGGAAAAUGGAACAAAAGGAAGAGAAAGAAACAACAGUAGAACAAAAAGUCUUAAUGUAGCAGCUAUGAUGAAAGAUUCAGGAAAUGAUGAUGGAUGGAGUAUGGUCGGACCAAAAUCAAAAAAUAGAACAAAUUCUCACAAUUUUAAUAAGCAUUAUUUUCGUCGUGGUCGAAAUACAAAUUCAUGUGCAUCAAAUGGUGGUGAAGAUUUGGAUGUAUAUACAGGAUGUGAAUUAGAAGAAGCAUUUAGUGAUACAGACGAUGAUAGACCACGUGAUCCAUCUGAAAAUAAACCGUCGAUUCCUUUGCCACGUGCUCGCAUACGUACUCUUUCUGGUACUGUUGCUCCAGUUGGUUAUUCUCCAAAAUGGGGAGGUCCAACGAUGUGUGUUAGUUGUUUACAAUUUUUUAAUUUACCUGAUGACAUGGAUGAAUUUGCCACACAUCUUCUCAAAGAACAUCAUAUAGUUAUAUCAGAAAUUGAUCAUAUAGUUGAUUUUAAGCGAUAUGUUGAAUAUUGGAGACAACGUUUUGCCAAAGAAUCAAUUGACAAAUUAUUUCCUAAAAUUAUUCCAGAUAGGGAUAAUGAGUAUUACGAAAAAGUCGAAUACUACUAUUUGAUGACUGAAACACUUCAGGAAGAUUAUAGUUUAAGACAAAGACUUGCUAUGAGAAGACUAGAAGAAGCUCUAGAUUGCCAACAAAGAGAAAGAUUAGAUAAGAACUUUGAAAUGAAUUGCAUUUUUUGCCGAUACAAAGCUGUUGGAAAUAGAAGCAAAAUAAUUCACCAUUUAUAUAUGAUUCAUAGACUUAAUUUAGGAAGUCCUGAAAAUUUGGUAUUUGUUCAAGAAUAUAUUGAGCAUUUAAAAGCUAAAAUAGAUAACCAUCAAUGUAUUUUCUGCGAAAAGAUAUAUCCAGAUAGAUUAGCCUUAAUGGAUCAUAUGAGGAAAAGAAAUCAUCGUGAAGUAAAUCCUAAAAAUAAUUACUAUGACAAGUUUUACAUUAUUAAUUAUUUGGAACUUGGAAAACGUUGGUUGGAUAUUGUAAAUCAAGAUUUUGAAGAUAACCUUCCAACUUUUGCUGAUUCUGAUGAUGAAGAAGAGGAAGUAACUUGGAAAGAAUGGAAUGAAGAUAAGAUUGAUGUUGAGGAUAUUCAAUUAGCUUGCCUUGUUUGUGAGCAUACUGAAGAAGGUUUUGAACCACUUUGUUUACAUAUGACAAAAGAACAUGACUUUGACUUACUAAAGCAUAUUAAUGAUAAAAAGCUAGAUACAUAUGGAAGAAUGAGACUUGUAAAUUAUAUUCGUAACUCUUCUUAUCAUGCUAGAUGCUUCAUGUGUACAGCUGAUUGCAAAGAUUUAGGAGAGUUAAGAAAUCAUCUUAGUCAAAAGGGGCAUCUUUCAGGAAGUCUUCCACCUGAUGAAGUAUGGUUUAAUGAUGAAAAUUUAAUUCCACCAUAUGGAAAUGAUCAUUUGUUAUGGAUGCUUGAAAGUUAUUAUGAAGCCAAGGAGAUUGGUAAUAUUGAUUUAAAUGUUGAUGAUUUCCAUGGAAUGAAAGGUAAGGAAAUUUCACAGAAAUGUCUUGAAGAUUCCAAGAAAAAUUAUGUUGAUGGAGUUGUUGCCGAAGAAAUAUCUGAAUAUUUUGACAAUGCCUUAAAGAAGAGAGAACUUGUAGAAGAUAUGCAGUAA